AACAGAUUGAUCCAUUUGAUCUGUAAUCAAGAUAUUUAUUAAAAGUACUUUUAUUUACUCGACUUGAAUUCGAAUUAGUUGUGCGUUGAUUCAGGGAAAGAGUUGAAGUGUUCAUAAAAUCAAAGUGGACCCUACUGAUUCCUUAGACACACUACAUGACGAGGGCAGGAAAUCAGAAAUAAGGGACAUCAUCAAGUUGACAGGGCAAGGAGAGACAUACAAGAGAUCAAUACAAGUUCAUAAGCAUUCUCUCUAUUAACAACCUUAGAGCCACAUGGUAUGAUGCUUACUCUAAUCAGGAAAAUAGAUAUUAUUUUCGCGUUAUUGUGAACCUAACAGUAGAAAAAGAUGUUGAUAUGAUUAAGAUAAACAAAGUUAUGCAAAAUCAUAUGAUACAGAUGGUGCAAACGUUGAACGAUCCACCAUAUCUCUCCUACCAGUGAGUGCUAUAAAUUUAUCCCUGAACAGCAAUAAGGGACACUUAUCAACCAAAUCUGAUCCAUCAUAACCCUCUUUCAGGAUUACAGUACUCUUUGCACCCUUAUUAGUAAGGUAGAAGAUGCCAUGAUGCUUAAUGAGACAAAGCAAUAGCCUAGCAGGUAAUCUGUACUCCGAAUGGAAGGCUUCCAACUGAGCAGAUGUUAACCGCUUCUCCAUGGUGAGACUGAGAAAUUCGUGAAGCACUCCCACUAAUCUCUUUCUAGCUUUCGGAUCAGAGGAAAUGUCGAAUCUCUUAGCAUUCAAGUACGGCGAAGGGAAUUCCAUUUUCUGCCAUCUCUGAAGUUGGUCAAGAUAGCCCUUAUUGGCCCUAAAACCGGCAGGAAACUUUACGUGAAAUGCAAACGGACCUGGAAGGUUACCGUCUUUGGAUAUUCUAACCUUGUUAAAACGUCUAUCACGAUCAAAACUUUCCAGGUGUGCUAGCUCCUCUCUUGCAGUUACAGCUAAAGCAGAGUCCCAGUGCUCCAAGUGAAGAUAAUCCCUCCCAUUGAACCCUUUUACCGAAAAGAAUUGUGGAUAUUUUGGAAUCAAAGAGUUUUUAAAAUCAGAGGGCAAACCUAAUUCAUCCUGAAUCAUUUCAAAUGUUUCCAACGGCAAUCUACAAUCAACUGAUAGCAUCAACAAUUUCCUCAAAUUCUUAACUAAAAUGGGCUCCAUUUCAUCUCUGGCAUUUGCCUCCAAAGCGGCUGUCUUUACAGCUUUCUCCGUGAGCGUAACCCUUGGAGGUGUUCCGUCACCUCCAGAAACCUUGAAAAUUGAAGGGUACUUUUCAAUGAGAGCCAUAAAAUUCCACUUGUGCACGAAUCCAACUUCCUUUUCAAGGUCUCUAAGAAGCAGAAACUUGUGCUUUCGAGAUUCCACAAUGGAUUUCAGCCUCAGUAUCAUUGCUGGUUUCUUUUGGAGGUCCAUUACUUUAUCCAGCUCAGGCACCCUGUAAUAAACUUUCUUCUUCGGCCUCGCCCCUCCACCAGAUAUACGCAUGAUUUGGACCCUCAAAUAACCAGGACAAUAACCUGAAUCAAGGGAUGAAUGAAGUCUCCUCCACAUUGAAUUCAUUGCACAUUUACAGAAAGAAGAUGGUACUUCUUUGUGACAAUUCCUCAAACAGGUACUCUGCAACGAGAUAAGCUCAAGCUAUCUCUCCAACAAUCAUAAUCCAACAGUCUCCUGAUCUCUCCAACAAUCAUAAUCCAACAUAGUCUCCUGAGGAAGCAGGGAUUUCCGCCAUUAUCAUCGGAUUCCAAGACAGGAAUCAAACCAAUGUCAUCUCCAAAUAAGGAAUUUGAUCAUCCCAGUUAGACCACUCCAUCGAUCAAGUCAUUCAGCCGGAACCGAUGAAAUCCGACCAAUAAAAGGGACAGUAAGCGCUAAUUAGAUACAGAAGAAGUCCAAUGAUUCGACUACAAAUCAAAUCGAUGGAGAUUUGAGAAUUGGGGAGCUUUUUUUAAUGGAGGGAACUCAAGAACAAGAACUAGAGUCAAAAGUUAAGAACUGUGUCGUUUUAAAUGAAAGCUGUCCUUUUUAUCUUAUUUUUUUAAAGUUUACCAACAAGGGGAUUAAUUUCUUAAACCCUCGCCGAUCCGCCUCCGGCGACCACCACCACCACCACCACUACCACCACCGGCCUAAUCUGAAAUGUCAUGCAAUUCCACCGCGUCACCGCCAUCCCCACCUCCGAUCACUCCUCCGUCAAAGAAACGCCUCCUUGCCAACCCAAAACCAGUACAAGGUCCCCAAGAUGAAACCCCAAAUCUGGAGCCCUUCAAAGAUAAGAUAACCCGGGACCUACCCAAUUUAUCGGAAUGCCACGGUUGCGGUCUCCGGAUCGACUUUAGCAACCCCAAAGCACGGCUUCAACCGCUUGACAGCUUUUGGCGGAUUGUUCUUCUCUGUAAAAGAUGCUUCAAACAGGUAAACUCCGGCCACGCGUGUCUUUAUUGCUUCAAAGAUACAAUGUAUUCUGAAUCCGAUUGUUUGAGUUGCGCCGAUUGUGAGCGGUUAGUUCAUAAGGAUUGUGUUAAGAAGUUUGGGGAGUCGCCCCCCUGGUCUUAUUCUUGUAGAGGUUCUUCUGAAUUAGGGUUGGAGUUAGGAUUUUCGGUUUGUAUUGAUUGUUGGUUGCCUGAAUUGCUUAAAAGUUCAAUUAGAGUUUCUAGGAAGUAUAAGAACGAUAAUGGUGUGGCGGUUAAUUGCGAUAUUGGGGAGAAGUCCUUUGAGGAAAUGAUGAAGGAAGCAAAUUAUGAUGUGAAGGACAAAAUUGCAUUCGCUGAGAAGGCCAAGGAAAAGGCUCUGAGAAAGGCUGUGGCGGCGCAAAAUGCUGUGAAGUUGGCUAAUGGUGCAUUGCACCUGGCUGACAGGAAGGAUCUAUGUGACAGUGCAAAUGAAGGUGAUGGCGCUAAUGAUGAUACCGGAUUGGCAUUUCAAUUGCACCGUGCUAUGAAUAGUUCACCAAGGAUAUCAAAGAACACGCGCUCGGUGAAUAGGAGCCGUUCGCAUCUUUAUCAAAAGGGGGGGUCAAAAAUUUCAGCAAAAUGGAUGGGUUUAAGCAGGUCUGAAGAUGGGCUGGUAGCAGUGGGUAAUAAUUCAGAGUUAGAUCAUGAUGGAAGCAUUUUGGAGGCUUCUGGUGAUGUAAGCUGUCAAGGAACUCGGUCUAAAGUAGUUUCUGGCAGGUUAAAAUCAGUUAUGAUGACUUAUAACAGAUGCAAUUUGAAGAGAUAUUAUUCAGAAACUGUCGAGGAAUCUUAUUUUCAAAAUGCAUGUAAUCCCAGGUUUGCGAGGAAAAAUGGUCAGCUUCCUCCCCCUAAGCAGAGCAAUCCCAAAGUUAAGGGAGAAGGGAGUGGUGAUGCGGAUUCUGAUAAAUAUUUUAUGAAGUUCACUAAGAAGAUGAAGGGCUCCAGCCAAGUUUCACAUAAGAAGACCUCUUCUCGAAUUACAUCUCCCGUAAACGAAAUCAAACAAGUAGUCCUUUGUCUGCCAGCCGUUCGCGCAAUUGAACGCAGUGGAUCAUGUGAUGCUUCAUUAAGAUCAUACGUUGGCAACCUUCGGUAGGCUGUGUUGUGGAAGGAGCAGGCUCAUUUAUACAGGAAUUCUCUUGCAUCCAUUGAAGUGGGGGAUGCAUGGCGUUUUCCAAGCUUGAUUAUAGGAAAGCUUUCAGUUGGCGAUGUCAUGUGAUUUUUCCGAGACUUGUCUGCGGCCAUGUUUCCUUGUUACAAGUAUUGCAAAACCUGUCUCCUAAGCUGUUGUAACAUUCUUCUGCGCCUACUGGAAGACUAAGAUGCUAGUGAGAGAUGUACCCAGUAUAAUUUGCAGUUGUUAGGUGAUCAUUGUAUGUUCAAUGUAAUGUCCAUGAAUUUGUUAUAAGAAUGAGCUACAUCCAUUUGUUGUAAAUUUUGCACCCAUAAUUCUCGAUGCAUCAAUGUUUCCAAGUCUUUAGGCGGACUUCUCAUAAGUGUUGUAACAUUCUUUUUCUAUCUUCCAUACCGAUCUAGCAUUCUGACAUUUGGUGACCCAAUUUCCGUAAGGAUUAUCAUAUGGGAAAAGUUCUGACAUUUGGUGACCCAAUUUCCGCAAGGAUUAUCAUAUGGGAAAAGUUGUCUCGUACAGGUCUUCUUUAUUAGUUCUGCUUUAUUUUUUUAAUUUUUUUUAUUUAAUUUUUUUUUUUUUGGGAUUACUGCACCUUUUUCUUCUGAUAUACUGCAGUUCUGAUGAAGAUAUUUCAAAUUUAUCAAUCUUUAUUCUAACAGUUUCAUUAUAGUUGGGCUUUCUUUUCUCAAUGUCUUCUAGGACUAAGUUUUUCUGUCUGGCAAGUCUAUCUCCAAAUGCAGAGAGGACUUGCUGCUGCAAAGUUAGGUUUUCAAAGGCACUUAACUUGAAGUGUCCUUUCUCUUCCUUACAUCCACUUGGUUAAUGGCGCAGAUUGUGGAGGGUAAAGAUAAGUAUAGUUUUUGGUUUUCUACAGAAGAAACCGAAGGAGGACUGAGUAACCCCUAUGUUGUCCUUGUCCUCUGCCGUUAGUGGAGAAAGCUGAAAAAAAGAAGAAACAUUGAAGUCGGCUAUUGUUUAUGCUUCAGUUGAAGUAAUUUGGAGCUCUUUAUGUGUGGAUUCCACACUC